CAGCUAUGUUAUUUAAUCCAGACAAAAAUAAAUAAAUAAGUAGAGUGCCUCAAAAGUGACUAGAAUAAAGCUCCAGUUACAAGUGACAACAUUUUUCUUCGAACGAAGACGACAGAGCAACCUAGCGGCCAGCUAAUUGUAACAUCAUCCUGUCCUGCUGAUCCAGUCUCAGAACAAUGGCACCCGACAUUGCAGAUCCCACUCUGGCUCCCGAUAAUCAUCAUAGCAGCAGCAGCUCCACCAUAUCCUCAUCCUCGGUUCAACAGCGGAUAGUUAGUACCAGCAGAGAAAACAAACUAGUCAGUAACGAUGACAAUAACAACCAAAUCGAUCCAAAACAAAACGUUCAAAGCGAAGAGUUUCGGCCCCAGAUUCGGUGGCCAGACUUUUUCGCACAGCUGUUCCUGCACGUGGGCUUCUUGAUAGGCCUGUGGCUAGUAAUAACACUUCAAACCAAAUUCUACACCGUUCUGUGGACACUGGUUCUGGUAUGGACAUCUGGUAUUGGAAUCACAGCAGGCGCGCAUCGUCUGUGGUCUCACAAAUCGUACAAAGCGAAAUGGCCUCUACGGCUACUGCUUAUGUUUCUGUUCACCAUAUGUGGCCAGCGGGAUGCAUACACCUGGGCCCACGACCAUCGAGUGCAUCACAAAUACUCGGAAACGGAUGCCGAUCCGCACAACGCCAAGAGAGGGUUUUUCUUUGCCCACGUAGGAUGGGUCUUUACGACUCCACACCCGGAGGUGGUCGCCAAGAGGAAGAUCAUCGACAUGAGUGACCUGGAGGCGGAUCCGAUUGUUAUGUGGCAGAAAAAAUAUUACAUUCCUCUGUUCGCUCUCCUAGUCGUCGGCCUACCCGUCCUGAUUCCGUACUACUACUGGUCCGAAAACCUAUGGGUAGCAUUCUGGGUGUGCUUCACAAUGCGCUUCACAACCACCCUCAACAUUGCCUUCUUUGUCAACAGCGUAGCGCACAUGUUCGGCAAUCGUCCGUAUGAUAAGAACAUCAGUCCCGUGGAAAACCUGGCCGUCGCAAUCGCUGCCAUGGGAGAAGGAUGGCACAACUACCAUCACGUGUUCCCGUGGGAUUACAAAACGGGUGAACUGGGCAGUUAUGUGUUCAAUGUAACGACCGGUAUCAUCGAUGGCUUUGCCCGGCUUGGGUGGGCUUAUGAUCGUAAAUCAGUUCCUCCGCAAAUCAUUGAACGAAGGGCAGCCAAGUACGGUGAUGGAACGCGCUUCCUGACCGACGAGUACGCCCAUAAAGAUCCCGUAUGGGGUUUUGGUGAUAAAGACAUUCCCAAAGACGAUCUGGAGGACAUUCUGAGGUUGCAAGAUUAGAUAU